CACUCCACUCCCCCCCUCCCCUCCCCCCCAGGCUGGAAUCACCACCACCCUGAACUCCCGUUGUUCAGUCCUGGCCGCGGCCAACUCUGUUUACGGACGCUGGGACGACACAAAGGGCGAGGACAACAUUGACUUCAUGCCCACCAUCUUGUCCCGCUUCGACAUGAUCUUCAUCAUCAAAGACCUCCACGACCAGCAGAGGGACAUGACUCUGGCUCGUCAUGUGAUGAACGUGCACUUGAGCGCUCAGGCGCAGACCGAGGGGGUGGAGGGGGAGAUCCCACUGGCCACCUACAAGAAGUACAUCGCCUACGCCAGAGCGAAGUGCGGCCCUCGUCUGUCCGUGGCCGCGGCAGAGAAACUGAAGAACAGAUACGUGGUGAUGAGGAGCGGGGCCCGCGAGCACGAGAGAGAGACGGACAGAAGACCCUCCAUCCCCAUCACCGUCAGGCAGCUGGAGGCGGUGGUCCGCAUCGCAGAGUCUCUGGCCAAGAUGAAGCUCCAGGCUGUGGCCGGAGAGGAGGAGGUGGACGAGGCCCUGAGACUCUUCCAGGUGUCCACGCUGGACGCCGCGCUGUCCGGAAGCCUCUCGGGAGUGGAGGGCUUCACGUCCCAGGAGGACCAGGAAAUGAUCUCACGGGUGGAGAAGCAGCUGAAGAGACGCUUCGCCAUCGGUUCCCAGGUGUCGGAGCACAGCAUCGUCCAAGACUUCACCAAACAGAAAUAUCCAGAACACGCCAUCUACAAAGUCCUGCACCUGAUGCUGAGGAGAGGGGAGCUGCAGCACCGCAUGCAGAGGAAGGUUCUGUACCGGGUCAAGUAACUACCGUACUUUUCACUGAUGUCUCUGUACAUAGUUGUCAAACAUGAAGUAUUACUCCAUGCUGUACUCGUUGCUGUACUUCAUCUGUGGGAUGGAGAACGUGUUUAUCUCUGAAUGAGGUGGAAAAAGUCCAAAUAAAUAAAGUUUAGUUUCUGUGCACUGCA